AUGUAUUCCGGGGUUUACGACUUGAAUCUCGGGGUAUUGUCUCUUUUCUCAUUGUCCGGGGAACACCGGUCACGCUCCAUGAACUCUGGGAUAUCCUUGGGGCUCGAAGAAUUCAUCACCGGUAGUGGAGGUUCGUCGCCGGCAGCCUUUUCCGUACAGAAAUCCAGGCAGCAGCAGCGCGACAAGGGUGGACAGUCACAUGGCGGCGGGCAUGGCUCCAGGCAAUCCGGGCAAUCCCGUGGUGGUGGUGGUGGCCGUCGCGGCAAUGGUGGUCGUGGUCGUGGCAUUAAGAACGACAAUCACCAACCUAAGUGUCAACUUUGUGGGGUUCUAGGGCACACUGCGCCUACGUGUUACAAAUGGUAUGAAAAGGAUCCAUAA